GGCAAGGCAGGGCAUACUUCCUGUUGUCCAGACCUUAUAUAAAACGUCAUGAUCGUCUUGGUUGCAGAGACGCACCUCGCACUGGCCCAGUGGCUGCCGCCUGAGGUUUCCCAAGGACCACAAUGAACAAGUGGCUGUGCUGCGCACUCCUGGUGUUUCUGGACAUCAUUGAAUGGACCACACAGGAAACCUUCCCUCCAAAGUACCUUCACUAUGACCCAGAAACCGGUCGUCAGCUCCUGUGUGACAAAUGCUCUCCUGGCACCUACCUGAAACAGCACUGCACGGCCAGGAGGAAGACGGUGUGCGUCCCUUGCCCUGACCACUCUUACACAGACAGCUGGCACACCAGUGACGAGUGUGUGUACUGUAGCCCAGUGUGCAAGGAGCUGCAGUCUGUGAAGCAGGAAUGCAACCGCACCCACAACCGAGUUUGUGAAUGCGAGGAAGGGCGCUACCUGGAGCUGGAAUUCUGCUUGAAGCACGGGAGCUGUCCUCCAGGUUUGGGAGUGGUGCAGGCUGGAACCCCGGAGCGAAACACAGUUUGCAAAAGAUGUCCAGAUGGGUUCUUCUCGAAUGAGACGUCAUCCAAAGCUCCCUGCAGGAAACACACGAACUGUAGCGCUCUUGGCCUUUUGCUAACUCAGAAAGGAAAUGCAUCACAUGACAAUGUCUGUUCCAGAAACAAGGAAACAAUGCAAAAAUGUGGAAUAGAUGUCACCCUGUGUGAAGAGGCAUUCUUCAGGUUUGCUGUUCCUACAAAGAUUACACCCAGUUGGCUUGGUGUUCUCAUGGACAAUUUGCCUGGGACAAAAGUAAACGCAGAGAGUGUGGAGAGGAUAAAACAGCGACACAGCUCUCAAGAACAAACUUUCCAGCUACUGAAGCUAUGGAAGCAUCAAAACAGAGACCAGGAUAUGGUGAAGAAGAUCAUCCAAGACAUUGAUCUCUGUGAAAGAAGUGUGCAACGGCAUAUCGGUCACGCAAACCUCACGACAGAGCAGCUUCGCAUCUUGAUGGAGAGAUUGCCUGGGAAGAAGAUUGGCCCAGAAGACAUUGAGAGAACGAGGAAAGCGUGCAAACCGAGCGAGCAGCUCCUGAAGUUACUCAGCUUAUGGAGGAUCAAAAAUGGAGACCAAGACACCUUGAAGGGCCUGAUGUAUGCACUCAAGCACUUGAAAACAUAUCACUUUCCCAAGAAUGUCACUCACAGUCUGAGGAAGACCAUCAGGUUCUUGCACAGCUUCCCCAUGUACAGACUGUAUCAGAAGCUGUUUUUAGAAAUGAUAGGGAACCAGGUCCAAUCAGUGAAAAUAAGCUGCUUAUAACUAGAAAUGAUAAAGAAGCUGUUUCUUCAAGAAGGGCCAGACUGACAGAGAAGACUGUUUCUCAAGCACUGGAAAAACCUCAGUGAUUGCUUUCUCAUCAGCUGGUGGGAACGAAGACUCCCGACCCCAUAUUAAGAGCACUGGGGAUCCUGAGUACCAAAAGUGAGGAAGGCUAUUUUAAAAUUUGCAAAGCAAGGUGUCAGCCCAGAAUGUCAGGAUGCUGAGUGAGAGCAGAGGGGAUAUUUUUAUAACCCCAAACAUAGGUCCCUUCCUUCUUUUCCUCGUGGCUGAGUAUUCAGAAGGCUUCUAUGAUCUUCCAUGUCAUCCAGAUCUUAUUUUUCCUUCUGCAGCUGUUAGUCUAUUACAUUCUGCUUAUUAUAAUGCUUAUCAGGUGCACCAGCCUGAUCGCAUUAGUAGGUUUGCUAGGCAAGUUUGACUGUUAGCUAUUUUUCCAUUGGAUGAGUUAAUUUGGGUUGGGGGCGUGGCUAGACAAACGGGUGCGGGUUGUAGUUGUUUGUUUAGCAGAGCACCAAUAAGAAGAGCACAGUGUUUCUUGUUCAUCUGUAAUUGGACCUAAACUGACUCAAAGUGCUCUUAUUUUGAAACUAAUUAUCAAAUUUUAUGUAUUACAUCAAUAGUGACUGGCUUUGUUUCAGGGCACAAACAAACAAACAAACCCUGUGAUACGGAGAAAUAAUUGAUACUUCCCCCAACAUUCAACAAAUCCCCAAUAGUUUAUCCAGCUCUCAUAUCUGGCCCAAUAUCUCACUACGUGUUCUCUUAUUACUGCUUGCAGUAAUUCAACUGGAAAUAGCAAUAAUAGGAAUGCAGUGUAAGCUCCAUAGAAUCUCUCUGAAUAUGGGAAACUCUAACUUAAAUAGCUUUGAAAUUUCAGUUGUGUUCAAAGCUUUUAUCAAAAAAGCUGACACUCUUGUAAAAGUUGCUAAUGUAUCUUUAGGAAUAUUAUAGUAUUGCUAUUUAUAUUCAUCCAGAUAUAAGAUUUGUACAUAUUAUUAUCCUCGAGAGAAAUGGUGUAGGAAUUAAUUUUAGAGAGAAAAAAUAUUUCUGUUUACUAUUAUGACAAACAAAAGAGAUAAAAUAUAUUUUUAAUAGAAACUUUGUAGAGUUUUCUAAUAGGCACUGCCAG